CAGAAGGCCGCCAGUCGCGCGCCCAGUGCCCUGACAGGACCGGGGCGAGCGUGAGGAGACGCAAGGCGGCGACCAAAAAAAAAAAAGGGUGGGUGGGAAAGAGAGACUUUGCGAGGCAGGGCGGGCGAUUCCCUUUAUCCCGCCAUGGGUGCCUGAGGGAAGGGAUAGAGAGAAAGAGAGAGAGGCGGCAUGGAGAACCAGGGAGCCGGCGGUGAGGAACCGCCGGGUAAGAUGAACGCUAAGCGGGGCGGUGUCGGAGGCGGCGGCUGGCGCGCCCCUGAGGAUGAGAGUAAGAACAAGCCCAAGCUGAAUCUUCAGAUAAAAACUUUGGCAGAUGAUGUGCGUGACAGAAUAACCAGUUUUAGGAAAUCGGGCGUCAAAAAGGAGAAACUUCUCAUUCAGCACCCCAUUGACUCCCAGGCUUCUAUAAAUGAAUUGCCAGUGGCUCAACCACUAUUUGAUGAACGUUCAAUGAAUUUAUCAGAAAAAGAAGUUAUGGAUUUGUUUGAAAAAAUGAUGGAAGACAUGAACCUGAAUGAAGAACGAAAAGCUCCUUUACGGAAUAAGGACUUGACCACAAAACGUGAGAUGGUUGUCCAGUACAUUUCUGCAACUGCCAAAUCUAUUAUCGGAAAUAAAGUUCCGGGAGGCCUGAAAAAUAGUAAACACGAAUGCACUCUGUCAUCUCAAGAAUAUGUCCAUGAACUGCGAUCGGGUAUCUCAGAGGAAAAACUUCUGAACUGCUUAGAGUCCCUGAGAGUCUCUCUAACGAGUAAUCCAGUCAGUUGGGUUAACAAUUUUGGACAUGAAGGGCUUGGGCUUCUGUUGGAUGUUCUUGAGAAGCUUCUGGACAAGAGACAGCAAGAAAGUAUUGACAAGAAGAAUCAGCAUAAGCUUAUACAGUGCCUCAAAGCAUUUAUGAAUAAUAAGUAUGGAUUGCAAAGAAUCCUAGGAGAUGAAAGAAGCCUUCUUUUACUUGCCAGAGCAAUUGAUCCAAAGCAACCAAAUAUGAUGACUGAAACAGUAAAAAUACUUUCUGCCAUUUGCAUUGUUGGAGAAGAAAAUGUUCUGGACAAAAUUUUGGGAGCCAUAACAAUUGCUGCUGAGAGAAAUAAUGGAGAGCGGUUCUCAAACAUUGUGGAGGGGCUUGAGAAUCACGAAGCUUUGCAGUUACAGGCAGCCUGCAUGCAGUUCAUAAAUGCCCUUGUCACUUCCCCUGAAGAUCUUGAUUUUAGGAUACACUUGAGAAAUGAAUUCCUGCGCUGUGGACUAAAGAAAAUAUUGCCAGAUCUAAAAGAGAAGGAGAAUGAAGAACUGGAUAUUCAGUUGAAAGUGUUUGAUGAAAACAAAGAAGAAGACUUAAUUGAGUUGGCCCACCGCCUCAGUGACAUCAAAGUGGAAAUGGAUGAUGUGAAUGAGGUCUACCACCUAUUAUAUAACAUGCUGAGAGAAACAGCAUCUGAAAACUACUUCCUAUCUAUUUUACAACAUUUUCUACUAAUCAGGAAUGAUUAUUAUGUUCGACCUCAAUAUUACAAGAUAAUAGAAGAAUGCAUUUCACAGAUAGUAUUGCACUGUAGUGGUAUGGAUCCUGACUUCAAGUGUAGAGGAAGGUUGGAUGUAGAUUUCACUCAACUUGUAGAUUGCUGCGUGGACAAAGCAAAAGUGGAAGAAAGUGAGCAAAAAGCUUCAGAAUUUUCCAAAAAGUUUGAUGAAGAAUUCACAGCUCGACAGGAGGCACAAGCUGAGCUUCAAAAACGGGAGGAGAAAAUCAAAGAACUUGAAACUCAAAUCCAGCAGUUACAAACCCAGGCUCCUGUGUCUUCAAGUGGCUCACCUCCUGCAGGAGUACCACCUCCGCCGCCACCGCCACCUCCUCUUCCUGGUGGUUCAAUCUCUGCAGCACCUCCUCCUCCUCCACCACCACCUCCACUUCCUGGUGGUAUUCCACCUCCACCACCUCCUUUGCCUGGAGGGUCUAUACCACCUCCACCUCCACCUAUGUUUGGUGGACCACCACCACCACCUCCUCCUUUUGGAGGGAUUCCACUGCCUUUUGGAAUGAAACAGAAGAAAAAGUACAACCCUGAAGUGUCUAUGAAGAGAAUCAACUGGGCAAAGGUUGAACCACAGGAAAUAACAGAGAAUUGUUUUUGGAUAAAAGCAAAAGAAGAAAAAUUUGAAAAUCCAGAUCUGUUUGCAAAGCUGGCUCUCACUUUUGCUACACACAUGAAAGCAGUUAAAAAGGCAGUCGAGAAUACAGAAGAAAAGAAGGUGUCUCUGCCUAAGAAAAGAGUUAAAGAGCUACGGAUAUUGGAUGGGAAGACUGCACAGAAUUUGUCAAUUUUCCUGGGAUCUUUCCGCAUGCCUUAUGAAGAAAUAAAAUAUAUUAUUCUAGAAGUGGAUGAAUUAAAACUGAGUGAAGCACUGAUUCAGAAUUUGGUAAAGAACCUCCCUGAACCAAAAGAGCUCAGUGCCUUAGCCGAGUUAAAGAAUGAGUAUGAUGAUCUCUGUGAGCCAGAACAAUUUGGAGUUGUGAUGAGCUCAGUGAAAAUGUUACGGCCUCGCCUUGAUGACAUCCUUUUCAAACUUACAUUUGAAGAGCACAUAAACAAUAUCAAGCCUGGCAUCAUGGCAGUAACAAUCGCCUGUGAGGAACUGAAGAAGAGUGAAAAUUUUAGCAGACUGUUGGAACUUGUGCUACUGAUAGGAAACUACAUGAAUUCAGGCUCAAGAAAUGCUCAGUCACUCGGCUUUAAUAUUAGCUUUCUUUGCAAGAUUAGAGAUACUAAAUCCUCUGAUCAAAAAACAACACUAUUACAUUUUCUGUCUGAAAUUUGUGAAGAGAAUUAUCGGGACAUCUUAAAAUUCCCAGAUGAACUUGAACAUGUGGAGAGCGCAAGCAAAGUUUCAGCUCAGAGUCUUAAAAGCAACCUCGAUUCCAUGGAACAUCACAUACAGCGUUUGGAAAAUGAUAUUAAGAAGUUCCCUAAAACAGAAGAUCCGCAUGAUAAAUUUGUUGAGAAGAUGAUAAGCUUUGCGAAGAGUGCUAGAGAGCAGUAUGAAAAGUUAUCUAACAUGCACAACAACAUGACCAAGUUAUAUGACAAUUUGGGGGACUACUUCUGUUUCGAUCCCAAAACUGUCAGCAUUGAGGAAUUCUUUGGAGAUAUAAGUGCAUUCCGGACACUGUUCAUGGAGGCACUGAAGGAAAAUAACAAGAGAAGAGAGAUGGAGGAGAAAAUUAAGAGAGCCAAGCUAGCAAAAGAGAAAGCAGAACGUGAGAAACUGGAGCGGCAACAGAAGAAGAAACAACUGAUUGACAUGAAUAAAGAGGGCGACGAGACAGGAGUGAUGGAUAAUCUACUUGAGGCACUGCAAUCUGGGGCAGCAUUCAGGGAUCGCAGGAAACGAACGCCAAGAACUCAGGAUAACAGACGAGUAAAUUUGGAAAGGUCACGUUCUCGUCACAAUGGAAGUAUCACAGCGGUAUGAACCCCUCCUAAUGCCAAAGAACUGGGAAGUGUUUUAUUUCCUUUAAAUGGAGACAUGGUGAAAAGAGCUAAAUGUGGAAAGAGCAACAAUGAAGCUAAAUGAAAUUCAAAUGAAUUCCAGAAAAUAACAACCAGAAAAAUAAAUAUGUAUUUUUACAAAAGUUAUUGUGCAAAAAAAAACCCCACACAACUUACUGUAUAUUAAAAAUGCAAUCCUCAAUAGAUAUAAGCAGUGUUAAAAUAUAAUGUUCCUAUCUGCUAUGUUUUUAUGCAGCUCUCAUGAAUUUUAGGGAGGGUGUGCAGUAGAUUGUUCCUAAAAGUGUGGGGAACGGUUUAUAUGAAUGGAGAUGAAUAACAUACAAAAUUGCUUUUAAAACAAGCAGCAUCAAAAGAUCUGGUCAACGAAAGAGGACAGGAGUCCAUCAGCAGUUCUUAUUUUGACAUGAAAGGAAAAAAGUAAAAUUUGCAUAUUAAUUAAUUCAGAUUGGAGCUGAUACAGCACACAUCAUAACAGACCUUUUCUUGUAAGCCUGAGAAAGCACAGUACAGCCCCCAUCAAUUUCUUUAGAAUCUUAUCUCUCAAGUUUUUAGCAUGAUGGAUUCAGCUAUUUUGGUUUCAGUUAAACUUUAUCACAAAUCUACAGCAUCAGUCGUAGAAAGAUAUAUGGUUUCUUAUCACUGCUAAAAAAAAAUUAAGAACAUAGGAUUGUACCAAAGUUAAACCAUAUCAUUUGCAGAAUAUGUUUUUGACUCUAUUUAAAGAUGUAUUUUCUAAUUAUGCACUUAUAUGAACUUUAUAUGGAUAUUUGGAGGAAAAAUUCUUACCUAUUUUGAUGGUUCCAAAACUCAUUUGCCUUUGUUAAAGCUUUCAGAAACAUAAUCUAUUAAUAUGAAGGUAAUCAGAUAUAGAUUCUCUAGAUACAGCCAAACAUAUAUAAAAGCUAUAAUAGUGCAUGUUGAGAUGAGAUGACCCAGGCAAUGAGCUAAAAUAGUUGUAGCAGGGUGGGGAAAAGAGAUAUUCUAUAUAGUGCUCCCUAGCACAUCACACAGAUACACAUGUGUAUUUGAGGCAUUUUGAUCAUACUACGUUUUGAUCAGCCCAAAAGCUGUCCUUUGAGUGUGCCACAUGUGUAGUGACGCACUGUAAAAAUUGCUCCUAACACAUUUUCUGUUUGAUCCUGUGUGCACGCACACACACACCCUGCCACACACACACAUGUACACACACUUCAGGAGGAUACGGUGUGUUUUAUAUGAUGGAAUAUUUUUUCUUUACUGCAGAUUAAAGAGACACACUCAGGUGUGCAAAAUACAACAGUGAGUUUAUAGGAGCCAUGUUGGUGGGGCACUGAGCAACUGAUGUGCAUUCUGUAUGAGGGAGGGGAGGUCAGCUGGUGCACAAAACUGUCAGGAACAAAAUCAGCCUAGACUGUGAGCUUCAGCAAGAGCCAUAAUACUCAUGGCGGCCUGAUUUUGUAGUGAAAGCUGCUUUCAUUGUCGUUUGCCACUAAAUGUCCCUCUCAAUAAAAUAUCACAAAAAGCAUACAUUGUUUUCCUAGCCGGGGAAAGGGGGUAUUAUUAACAACACUAUGCAUUCCAUUUUUACUCCAAAAGGUGAAGGGUUUUUAUCCUCAUAACAUCCACAUAUUAUGGGUUUGACAGUGUGUUUGGCUCAGGGUCACCCAGUGAACUUUGAAGCUAAACAAGGAGCUCAGACUAUGUCUUCCUCAUCUGACAUUCUAGCAACUAUACAUUCUUUUCUUUGGUUGGGACGGGGUGGCUAGAUUCAGUGUUAUAUAUACAAGGGGUAUAAUCAUUCUAUUUAAACUUUCCCACCUGCUGUACACCUGUUGCAUUUUAAAUAAGUGGUGUAUACUGGUUGGUUGGUUUUUUAAAGAAAAAUCAGUUACCCACAAGUUAUUGUACUUAACCACUAAAUAGCUUAUAUUAUAAUGGAAUUAUCAGCCACUUUUUGUCCAUGCAGUAUUUGAUUUUUUGUGUGCUAGCUGUCCAAAAGAGAAUGGAACCAGCCUGUUUAGAUAGGUAGCAGCAUAUGAGUUCAGGUUCUACAUCCUGCAGCUACUUAAGACCCACAUGUCUUGGUCAAGGCUACUCACAAGUUUGAAUUCAAGGAAAGAAAAAACCAUGCAGGCUUUACUGGCUAGGGUUUGUGGAAAUGCCAACAACAUAACAGCCACGGGUUCCCCAACCCCUGCUAGACGUCUUUCUAAGAAACACAAAUGCUUCUAGUUAAAGAACAGGCAUUCUGCUGUUACCUCCCACUCUAUUGAGAAUUGACUAGUAGGCAUGAGGCAAAAAUUUGCUUUUGUCUAAUCUACAUUUUCAAACUCAUGUCAAAAUGUGUUAAUUACAUAAAACCAAAUUGGUAAGCCACUUGGAUUGGCAAAGUGGAUAUUUUCUAAUGCACAGUAUUUUGAAACAAUGUACUGAAUCUCAGAAAAGAAGCAAUUUGCUAGAAUUUCAAAGCCAAAAUGUUAAAGUGAUUGUUAGAUCAUCUGUGAACAUACUACUACUUUUUUUACACUAACAUUAAUUAUUAUGGCAGUUGCUUUGUUGUUUUUUCUAUUUCCUGACAUGCUUCGGAGCAGCCUAGUAGCUGGCAACCGGAGAUUUUACAGAACCAAAUUCUGAUAAAGAGCAAGUCCAAAAAGAUGCAAGAUGGCCUGAUGCUUCAGUUUUACCAGCCCAGUCAUGUUAUUCCACAUUUGGAACAUGUUAUGUAAUUUAAUGGACAUGUCUCUUAAAGGGGAAAUGGGGGGGAGUUAGAAGAAGAUAUAUUGUAAAUACAGGAAGCUUGUAUCUAUAAAGUCUAAAAAGUAUUUUCUGAAUAUUAUGUUCGGUCACAGAGUCUUUUGAUAGCUUUUUAUUCUAUUUGAAAAUGCAGAUUUAAAAACAAAAAGCCUUGCUUUUGUUAUUGAUAUGAUUCCCUCUUGUCAUAUGUUUACCUGGUGACCUAGUAAAAGCGUAGUCUGGAGGUCAUAGCACCUUUUUCUGAACAGUAUUUGCCUUAUUUUCUAAUAUUAAGAGGGGGAAUUACUAAAGAUAUAUUUCCAAAUAGAUAUUCCUAGGAAACCUACUACCAAACUCCCUUGUAAGCACAGGGAGUGGAUGGGGUGACUAGGCCUCAAAUUAUUCGUGGAAAGUUAAUCACUGGAGCUUUAUGCAACCACUGAAAUACCGCUUAGGAAUCUAGCACUCAUAUACCUUUAACAUGAAAUGUAUUUAGAAUAUAGCAGGAUAUUAGCAUGCAUUUAUAUUUUAAAUUUAAUAACUAAAAACAUUGAGUUGGUUCCCAACUAGUCCUUCCAUGAACGGAAAGGAUUCUUCCAUUUGCAGCGGGAAGCGGGAUUGAGCAGCAGUAUCCCACUGAAUGAAGGGAGGGGGCAACGAGUUUCACCACUUUCACCUACAGCCUCACACAAAAUCUUCCUUGCUAUUCCAGCGGGUCCUUCAAACCCCAGUCGCAGCUUUAGAGGGCGUGGGAGUGGGGCUAGAGGAUUGGCUUAAAUGGCUUUCUGCUCUUUUGUCCCAGCACGAGUGGAACUCUGCUGAGCACACCAUUUAAUCUUUUAAGUGCUUUGCGUCUUACAUUUCUCAAAAGUCAGAAAGAUGUACAAUUCAUAUAAGCAUAACGUAUAAUAGGCUAUGCUCUCAUACAACUGCCUUUCUAUUGAUGAGGAGUGACAUCUUAAAUAUUGACAUCCUUUCAUCAUUAUACCAGUAUGAAACAAGACCACAAAAGCGCUUUUAGGCAAAGUUCCUUAUUUGAAAAUUAAACCACUAUGAAGAAUUUCUAAACAAGCCACUUUAAACGGUACAUUCUGAGCUGUAUAUGUAGACUAUGGUGAAUAAAGCUUCCUUGUUUCAACUGACCCCUAUUUACAGAGCUUAUCACAACUAUACAUAAAUGUUACAUAAUUAAAUGUUUUGCCUUUACAUCUGCAUAUAUAACUAUAUGUACUACCUCAAAAUGCAGUAUAGCUACACACAUUCCUUCCUCCCACCACAAAAUUAAGUUGUCUAAAAACAUAGGGCCAUGCUUGACUAGAUAUUUUUGUUCUGUGUUCAGAUCUCCAGGGCCCAUGAAUAGGACUGGGAUCGUAACACCAGGGAAAGGAGGUUAAACCCUUCCCCCCAUGGUGUGUGUUCCCAAUCUAAGUGUCUUUUCAAUGUAUCUUCGCAGAAAGAACAGAAAUACAGAAAAUUAAGUAAAUAAAUCACAUAUACUGCUGCUAUUUCUCCUAUUAAGGAAAACAUAAGGGUAUACACACAUUUUCCCUAAUAGGGCAAAGAGCAGCUCAGGUACUAUAGUCCUGAUCCAAUUCAUCCUCCCCCCCCAAAUGCUUUUAAGGUAAAUUAAGGGAUGGGAGGUCUAAUCAUAGAUUUCCAAUGUGUCAGAUGUUUAGGAUUACAACCUUGCUUAAAUUUUAUUUGAGCUUGCUUGAUCAUUGCUUCUUGAGACCUUCAUGUAACGAGAGAUUAGUUCAGAUGGCAUUUUUGCUCUCUUAAGUGUCACCCAGUGUGUUUUAUCUGGAACAUGCAUAAUACCUGAGCCAGGAGCUCAUGGGCUUUUGUGCUUUGCUGUCUAGAACCUUUGUGGCACAUUUUCCAGCAGCCACAGCCCACCUUCUGAUUUACUGGUUGUUCAUGAACAAGCAAUUUUACUUGGGGAUAGAUUGCCAUAGGGAACUUUUUUUAAAAAAGUUAUCAAAAUAAGCUCUUAUGGAUUAAAUUCUGUAAGAAAAUCCAUCCACUUUUAUUAAACAUUCUUGUACAGCUCUAAUUAUACAUUUAAUCUGAGUUUUGGUGGAAAUGUGUAGGCACCCUUUUGAGGAAGAAAAAAUAUGGUAAUUGCAGGUAAUUUCAAUAACACUAUUAAACAGUGGUGAGUGGCCCUCACUGGGAUGGGCAGGGUAGAAGGCAAGGAGAACAUCAAUAGCUGGAGGUGGUGUCAAUAGUAGGCAGUCAGCUAAUUCUAGUUUUGUCCCCAUUGUCCUCCCUGCUGAAUUAUACCAGGCCAACUACUACCAGACAUGCUGCAAGUAGGAAGGCUGACAGCCGAAUGAGGUUGGUGGGUAAUGCCCCAUUUGCCCUAAUGUACCAUCUGCCAGUGCUUUUAGGGUAGAACUCAUCCUCUGGUCAGAUGCCCAACCAUUCUGUAGUGCAACUCUUGCCUUGCUUCCAUUCAUUCCAUUCCUGAUAUUAUGAGUAGGCACAGAGAGCAAAAGUGUCAGGCCAUAAGCCACUUUAGGGUGAGGCAUGCAGGAAGGCCCAUAGUGUAGGUUCAUAGGAGCAUAUUCAAACAGGUCGUGUUAAGGCCUUUGCCCUACAAAAUGCUAUUAAUUGUUUUUAUACAGUCCAGCAGAGGAAGGAAGCCUAAACUUCCUACAUUCACCCUACAUGAAGUUUGGCAACUUGGCUGUUAGAACUCACAAGCUACUUAGUUAGCUGUUUUGCCUAACAAUAGAGAAAAGGUUGGUAAAUGUAGUAACCUUAUAACAGUAUGCAUGUAAGAGUUUCAGUAAUUAACGUGAGGAUAUUUUAUUAACUUCUGCUUUUAAAAAAUGCUAUAUUAAUAUCUACUUGAUUAUGGCAGAGUGAAAUCAAUUCAUAAUAGCAUGAAAGUAGUCCCUUUGUGGCAUUCCUUCACCAUGUCUGAACAAGGUUGGAGAACAACAACAAAGUACUCACAGCAGUGAUUCCAAUACCUUAAAUAAUGAAAUGUCUAGUGUAUUGACACUUCUGUUUAACAAAAGAAACUGUCCUUGCUUCCCAUGUGCCAUAGUGUAUUCAAAAAAGAGAAAGGAUAAAAAGAUUUUAUAGAGUCAAAUAAAUACAUAGCAUGAAAUAGCCCCUUUUAUAACAUACUGCAGGUGCUUGUAAAAGUGAAAACAAAACUUUACAACUCUAUCUCCACUGUUAUCCUCCUUCCCUUUGCAGCUCUGGAAGUGAGACACUUAGCUGCAUAUAGAGGAAAUCACUCCACAUUGCCCAGUACACGAAUCACCAAUACCAUUUAUAAUAGCAGUCCACCCAUGAAUGCCUCACUUGAUUGUAUGGAAGCAAAGUGUGUUGAGAUAGGUAGUCCUUCAUAUGGAAUAUAUGUAUCAGUCGUGCAUAUGUAUAGGCAGAUGUAUUAAUUACACUACUACUGUGCCCAUAAAGGCAGCAAAUCACACAGUGUUCCCCAGGUCUGUUCCUUCUUUUGCCCAAAAGAUGUGGAUGGCCAGUGAUUUCUGGAAUUAACCUCACUUUAAGGCAAAAAAAGGGGGGGGCAACAUGCUGGGCCAUCCACCACUGUAGAAAGCAAAGAAAGGUUGUAUUUGGGAGCUUCAUGUAACUGCGCCUGCCACUUCCAUGUCUUAUUUAAAUAGGGCUGCCUAAACAUUGCAUGGGUGUCUGGAAACACAUUUAGUCUUCUGAGAUAGUUGAUGUUCCCCAGAUCUAAGUAAAUACUCUUUGUAAGCAAAAACUAUUUCCACUAAAACUUCUUCAGAGAUACCAUAAAACACAACAAUUCUCUCUAACCUAGUUAUCUAAAUUCCAACUUCCCGUCAAGAUGUUGUAAUUUACCAUCUAGUACAAAUUGCCAUCAAUUAUUUGAGUGCAGGUUAGCACAUAAUUCUGAGUUGGAUGAUAGCAUUUAAAUUGAUAGAUAUCAAAAGUACAUUGCAAAUGUCAUGCACUAAGAUGUUGAAAACCUUUGUGUAUAAUACCAACGUUUCCCUAUUUGCAAAUUAAAAAUAGUUUUGGUGAUUUCAGAUUUGGUCAUCAACAGAUCCUAACUUCUUUGUUGUUGUUGUUGUUUUUUAAAAAAAACCUUGUUUUUGCUUUGCAAUACUUUGUGCAGUUGCUUAUGUUUAUUUAAUACCUCUUAAACAUCAUCACUUUGAAGUACCUCUGUGCUAUGAAGUUUUGGUUUGGGGAGUGGGUGGGGUAGGGUGGGUUAAUCCUUUUUACUCUGAAGUGUCAAAUAUAUUUGUUUAAAAUGGACAGGGCAAAUGUAUUCUGUAAUGGCUAAUUUUGAGGAAAAAUACUCAGAGAUUAUAUUCUUUUUAAACUGUCAACACCUUGUGAUACAAGUUUAAAAUGUAACAAUAUAAUGCAGUCAUUGAGCACAUUAAAACAUGUCUGUGUUUUAUUUCAAAGACAGUAAAUUUCAUUAAAGAAUUUGUGAUAAGCAUAAGACCUUAAAUUAGAGAGUCACUUUUUCCUAGUUUCAAAUAAUUUACAGCACUUAAAUGAAUGAAUGAAUGAAUGAAUGAAACUAGUCUAAUAACUCAAUGGGAACCAUUUUCGUCAGUACCUGCACAAAUAUUGAGCCCAGUUUGAGGGAAACGAGACUGAGAGAUAAAAACUUUUAACUCUGAAGAGUGGGAAAUAUGUCCCAGUUGUGCAGCAGACAAGCUAUUACUGCAAACUCUUUGUUAGCUACCCGCCCCUGCCUAGACUCACCCAUUUAUUCCCAUAAACAUUUAUUUUUACAGGCCCAAUCAGAGAUAAAGAAGCCGUUUGAAGUUCACCACAUUGAAAACGCCAACAUUCCCUGCACCCCCGCCCCGGUUGAGACUUUUUUUUUAAAAAAAAGAGGACCAUAAAACCUGUUUGGGGAAAGUGUGCAAUUUUUAAAGCCUUCAGCUGGUACUAGAUUGUCAA